AUGGAUGUAUUUAUUGUAAAUAUAAAUAUUUAAUAAAAAUCUAAUUAAUAUAGACUAAAACAAAAUAAACAUUUAUUAACUAAUCAAGAAUAUCUUAAUUAAUUAAUUUAGACAGAUAUACAGACAGACUAUUUAAUUAAAAAAAUGGGUUAAAAUUAAAAUAAGUAAUAAAAAAAUUAAAAUAAUAAAGAAGGCAACGUACAAAAAGUUUAUCAGAUGUUAAAUUCGUUUAUCAAAAAUACGUUUUUUUAAUAAAAAAACUAGUAAUGUACAGAAUUGGUAUUCAAGCUAUCAAAAUAAAACAUAGAGGAUUAAAGAUUAUCAGAUUUAGCAAAGUAAAUAGCAACUUAUAAAAAUCUUAAAGUGUUAACACUUGAUUUAAGUGAAAAUUUAAUUGGAGAUGAUGGAGUAGCAUAAUUAUCUGAAAUAGGAAAUUGCUAAAAUCUUACUUAGCUAUCACUAAAUUUAUCAAAAUAAAAUAGUUAAAACAAAAUUACUGAUGAAGGUUUAUUAGCCUUUUAUACAAUAUUGAUAAAUUUGAAUAACUUAGAGACAUUAAAUUUAGAUUUCAGCUCAAAUAAAAUUAUUGGGGAGAACUCAGAUAUUUUAAGAAAACUCAAAGAUUUUCCAAAUCUCUAGAAAUUGACAAUUAAUUUAAACAACAAUUAGCUAGGUUAUAAAGGAAUGUAUGGUUUGUCAAAAAUAGUUUAUUAUUGUAGAAAUCUCAGAUAUUUAAAUCUUCAGUUAAGAAAUAAUGAAUUUAAAGAAAUGGGGCUUGAAUAAUUUUGUAUGGUAUUCAGGAGCUUAUAGUAAAUAUAGCAUAUUAUAAUGGAUGUUUAGGAAAACAAUAUUACGAGUGACUUUUGGAUAAUAAUGUUCAUGAUGAGUGAUAAACUUUCCUAACUCAGGUCUUUUGUCUUUUAUUUAUAGAACAACAAUAUGCAUCACGGAAAUAUUUUAAAACAAGCAAAAAAAAAAUUUCAUAAAAUGAAGUUUUUGGUUAAAGCAGAUUUUAAAUUAAAUUGA